AUGCAGGGCCGUGUGUGUCAGCUAUUGCUGGUGAAUGCUUUGACCUGUGGUCUGGAGGUGUGUAUGGCUGCAGGGACCUUCUACAUCCCCCCUCUACUGCUGCAGGCCGGCAUAGAGGAACGCUACAUGACCAUGGUGCUGGGAGUCGGGCCGGUUCUGGGUUUGAUCUUCGUACCUGUGAUCGGUUCGUAUAGUGACUCGUGGCGUGGUCGUUUUGGUCGGCGCCGGCCAUUCAUCUGGCUCCUAUGUGUGGGGGUUCUGCUGGGCCUGCAGGUCUUGCCCCAGGCUUCUCACCUAGCUGCCCUGCUCUACCCACAGAGCCCCCGAUGGCUGGAGGGGGUACUGCUGGUGGGGGCAGCCUGUCUGCUGGAGUUCUCAGGACAGGCCUGUUUCACACCGCUGGAAGCGCUGAUCUCAGACCAGUUCCCUGGAGAGGAGGAGAGCAGAAGAGCCUUUUCUGUCUACUCACUGAUGAUCAGCCUGGGAGGAUGCCUUGGGUACCUGCUCCCAGCCCUGGACUGGAGCCAUGCCCCCACAGCAGCCUACCUAGGUGGCCAGGAGGCCUUUAUCUACGUGUUGAUCACCCUCAUCUUCCUCACCUGCCUCGUCAGCACAGUCUUCAUCUCAGAGGACAGAUGGACUGGAGGAGAGAGAACCAGGAAGGGCGUUAGCGUGAGUUCCACCCUGAGCCCUUCCCAUUGGAGGAGCCGAUACUGUGGACACCCCUUGCUGUCGUGGGCCCAGUGUGUACGGAUGGCUGUGGGGUGGUGUGUGUCGCUGUGCGUGUCGGCACUGCCACGUGUGUAUGGUGUGUGUAUGAGCUUCCCGGCAGUGAUACGGCGGCUGUUUGUAGCUGAGCUGUUCAGCUGGAUGGCUCUGAUGAGCUUCAUGCUGUUCUAUACAGACUUUAUGGGAGUGGGACUGUACCGUGGAGUACCCAACGCUACACCUGGAACACAGGAGAGACUACGAUACGACGAAGGUGUACGCAUGGCGAGUGUGGGUCUGUUUCUGCAGUGCCUGAUCUCAGUGGUCUGCUCCAUCCUGAUAGAGCGCUGGAUGGUGUUGCUAGGCACCCGGGCUGUUUACGUUAGCAGUGUGAUCCUGCUAGCGUUAGCUACAGCUGUGAUGAGCUUCUCAAAGAGUGUAGUGAUGGUCACUGUCAUGGCUGCAGCUACUGGAUAUACCUUCUGUGUGCUGCAGGUCCUGCCCUACACCCUGCUGUGUCUGUAUCACUCUGACAAACGGGUCUUUUUCUCCAGCGCCAGACCUUCUCACCAAGGGGAAAGUGACGACCAUACCCACUCAAAGCCGCUCCUUCCCCCCGACAAUGCUUCCCCCAAUGUGUCUCUGCCCCUGGAGAGAGAGGGAGAGGCCGUACCCCUGCCUCAGAGAGGGAUGUGUCUGGACAUGGCUAUCCUGGACAGUGCCUACCUGCUCUCCCAGGUGCUGCCUGCUCUGUGUCUGGGCUCCAUAGUGCAGCAAUCCCACAGCGUCAGUGCCUAUAUGGCCUCCGCUUGCUUCCUCAGCCUCCUGUCCCUGCUCUGCUCCACCGGUGUCGUCUUCACACGCAGCGACCUCCACAGGCUCACAGGGUCAAAGGGCGAUACUCCAACGCUGAGGGGGCUAAAGGAUUAA